GGAGUGCGCAGUGCUAGGAUUCAGGCGUCUCCUGCUCGCUGGUCCCUGCUGGUUCUUUCAUUUGAGACUUACUGGGAAGAAAGAGAGGGAAAGAUGGUAAUUAUCAAUAGCUCGAUGUGCAGGAAAGAGGAGGUGGAGUGUGCGACAGGGGGAAAGUACAACCAACCCCUGGCUGUGAAUAAAAACCUGCAUUUCAAUAGCAAGCGCAGGUGGAAGCUUUCGAACAAGUAAAGAGGCUUGUUCCAUAUAGAGCAUCGGAAGGUCAAGCUCUGGAAGCUUGACUCCAUCUCAGAGACGUUACUGAGCCGACGAAGGCUUUCUGGCAGUUGGAAAACGGCAGAGGAAUCUUGGCAGGAACAAGGCAUCACAUCAAAUUCCCGGCUUCUCUGAUGCAAUGCCAGUGAACUCCACAGCAAGACUCACUUUGGUCCUGUUUAGUUACCACUUAUUCUGUUCCUAGUGGAAUGAUGGGUGUAAGUGCUUUGAAUGCAUGUCCCUGGGAGAGGCUGAGUUUGGGUAUUUGGGAGGCAUGGGGUUUGUGUGUGUGUGUGUGUGUGUGGGGAGGUACAGAAGACUAGAUUUUAGGAAGGAAGGUGUUAGGGGGGUGCAGAAUAUUGUGAGGGAAGAAAGUUGUGGUGAGGACAGGGUGCACUAGCAGGCCAUUAGGGAAUCUUUCUAGGGUGUCUCUGGGGUGGAAAUCUCCAACUAAUAUGGCUGGUGCUGUUAGCCAAUUACAUGUGUCAUGGCCCAGCUGCACUAUCUGCUCACUCAUGAGUGUGACGCGAUUGGACAUAGAUCCAAAAGGGAGAGGAGUGCUUUGUGUGGCCUCUCAUUUGAUGGAUGAAGAAUCCAAAAUGUGACAUGGAGGUAGGUUAGGUUCAGAGCCUAGUUUCCUGAACUCCAUCUCUUCCCAUCUCCUCCUUCUGAAGGCUCAACGCCCGUAGGGAAGAAGACCGGAGUGUGAAGUUUUCAUUGCAGCUGGGAACUGAGGAAGUGGGCAUUGGAAAGGAAGUGCCCACUGUGCAGAAUGGAGUGGCAGGUUCUGGUGUUGGCUCUUUGCAUGGGUUUGGCUCAUUCCGCCUCUGCAGACUGUGCAGCCCAGUGCUCCAUGUGUGCCGUGCAGACCCAGGAUCUGGAGAAGCCCAUCAGUCCCCUGAUCUGUUCACUGGAGUGUCAGGGCUCCUUGCUGUUCCGCGCCGAGUGGGAGAGGUGCCAGACCGCUCUGGCUCUCCUCACCCCACUGAUGGUGGCGGUGGAGGGCCAGGGCCUGUCCCCUCUGGAGGCUGAGGUGAAGGCAGAGCCAGAGGGGAGCCCCAUCCCCGGCGAGUUCCCCAGCAACCUGGUCAAACGCUAUGGCGGCUUCAUGAAGAAACUGGACAAGAACAAGAUUUUCUCCCUCUUGCGUGAGAACGCCCACAGCAAAGGCAGCAUGACUAAGAAGUACGGUGGCUUCUUCCGCAAGCCGGGGGAGAGGGCAGCCUCUGAGGUGGCGGAGGACUACCCAGAGCUGGAGGCCAGGGAGACAGGCGACCACAGCGAAGAGCCUGAGGAAGGAAACCUAAAGGACGAGAUGAAGCGCUACGGGGGCUUCCUCCGCAAGUACCCCAAGAGAAGCUCAGCGCUGGCCCCCGAGGGGGAGGGGCAGGAGCUGGAGGACCUGCACAAGCGCUACGGGGGCUUCAUGCGCAGGAUCCGCCCCAAGCUCAAAUGGGACAAUCAGAAGCGCUACGGGGGCUUCCUGCGGCGCCAGUUCAAGGUGACAACGCGGUCAGACAAGGACCCCAACGCCUACUCUGGGGAGGUCUUGGACCUAUAGAACCCCCCCUACAGCCAGAAUACUUCCAGUAUGGACUGCAUCGCUUCUCCCAAACCACAUCGCCCUCCCAUGCUCAGCCAAGCAUCCCAGGCAUCACACACAGAUCCAGCCUGUGAGCAGAGACCCAGGUGCACCACUCUGCUGCUGCUUCCCUGAAGAACCAGAUGUUUCGAGCCAGGCAGGGAUUGCAACCUGCAAAGUUCCUCCUCAGUUUCUGUCUCUGUCAGCUCUGGGACUUGCACCUGCUGUUGUUUCUAGUACCGAACCGAUCAGCCCAGCUAUGGGUUUAGUUCAGCUGUAUCGAAAGCAGGUUCCUUUAAGUCUCAGAUGACUGACUAUUGAUCCCUCCUGUGAUCCUUAACGAUGAGCCCAAACGCUCAGUCGGAAUACCCCAAACGCUGGGAAGUUCAGCUCUGGAUCCAAACUCGGUGGCUGGCCCCUUUGGUUCAUCACGGACCAAUCCAGAGCUCCAGAUCCAAAGGCCUCCCAGCUUUGGGGGAGUUUGGCUCUAGCUCCAAAUCAGAACCAUACUGCUGUAGUUCUUUGCAGUGGAACCCCAUUUUCAAAGGUCCCCAGUGCUGGCACCAGGUGCUGCCGGGCAUUUCCAAUUUAAAUAUUCUAAUGGAAACAGAGGCAUCUGCUACUUACCUUCUAGUCUGUCCAUUCAGAUGCCUCUGCUCAGAACAUCCAGUGUCUCCCAGAGGGACCUGUAUUUGUACGGGAAGGCAUCUUGUCUGGAGAGCAAGGUGGGCUUGCCCUAUAGAAUCCUGACUUACUUCAUUAUAUUCCAGCUAAAUCACAGCUGUGACCCUUUCUAAUACACACAAGAGAAGCAUGAUCCUAAUGAAGCGAUGAAAUCACAACAGUGUGGCACUUCUGAAGGCACCCGAGUCAGCCUCUCGUUUGUCACCUGGGGUUUUAUGCACACAGUCAUUAAGGGAGCAGAGUGAAUGGAGGUAUUGUGCUGCCAGAUUUGCUGGCACAGUCCGGUUCUUUAUGCCUUGGAGUGAUUGUGCGCACAGAAUUGCAGGUGCAAAUAAUUAGGAGCACAGACUGAUGCUAGCUGUCCCCGUUCUCUCUCUCUGCUCACAGGGGAUCGCUCCCACACCCAAUGACAGAAAUCAGUGAGGAGCCAUGUCUGAGAGUUUGGCUCAUCAUGGGGUUCUCAUUGCAACCAUCAGUGUUGUUCUCCAUCCUCCAGCUAGUGCUGAAUUGCAACAGGCCAACAAAAAUACCCUGAGACAGAGGCAGGGAAAGGGCGGGGCUUGGCCCAUUGUUUCCUUUUCCAACCAUGGGCAAAAUUGGGAAAUUAAACUAGAUGAAAGCUAUGAAAAGGAAUAUAGACGAGGUCUGGACUUUGCCUGAGAUGCACUGUUUGGCUGAGCACAGGCCUCCAUCGGCCCUUACCUGCUCCCUUGUGCUGUUCUGAAAUGUACAGAUUGUUUCGGAGUCUGGUUACUUUUCAUUAUUAUGUUUACAAGAAGAAAUAAAGUUUGGUCUGUCUUGAGAUGGGUCAUGUUCACCCCCUUCCUUUUCUGUACGGUAAAUAAAAAGAUGUUAAUGAG